GAGGAGCCCAGUUGAAGCGGGUGGCGGCGGAGCGCACCCCCUCCCCCCGCCAAAAAGCCCCAAACCAAAACAAAAACAAACCGCCCCCCACUCCCGGCUCGCCCGCCGCCGAGCCCCGGAAAUGGCGGCGCUGGGAGGGGGCUCCGCCAGCCGGGGGUGCUGAUCCGGCCGCUGCGUCCCCUGCCCGUCCCUCCCCGCCCAUGGGCGAGACAUGGACUACGAGUUCAAGUCGAAGCUGGCGGCCGAGCGCGAGCGGGUGGAGGACCUGUUCGAGUACGAGGGCUGCAAAGUGGGCAGAGGCACCUACGGGCACGUCUACAAGGCCCGCCGCAAGGACGGAAAAGAUGAAAAGGAGUAUGCACUGAAGCAAAUUGAAGGUACAGGGAUAUCCAUGUCGGCCUGUAGAGAGAUUGCACUUUUACGAGAGUUGAAGCACCCUAACGUGAUUGCGUUGCAGAAGGUGUUCCUUUCUCACAGCGACAGAAAGGUUUGGCUGCUGUUUGAUUACGCUGAACAUGAUUUGUGGCAUAUUAUCAAGUUUCACCGUGCCUCAAAAGCAAAUAAAAAGCCCAUGCAGUUGCCAAGAUCUAUGGUUAAAUCACUGCUCUACCAGAUCCUCGAUGGAAUCCAUUACCUCCAUGCAAACUGGGUGCUUCACAGAGAUCUGAAACCAGCAAACAUUCUGGUAAUGGGUGAGGGUCCUGAAAGAGGAAGAGUCAAAAUAGCUGAUAUGGGUUUUGCAAGAUUAUUCAACUCACCUUUGAAGCCAUUGGCAGACUUGGAUCCAGUUGUGGUGACAUUCUGGUACAGAGCUCCAGAGCUGUUACUUGGAGCCAGACAUUACACAAAGGCCAUUGAUAUUUGGGCAAUUGGUUGCAUAUUUGCUGAACUAUUGACUUCAGAACCUAUAUUUCACUGUCGUCAGGAGGACAUCAAAACAAGUAAUCCUUUUCAUCACGACCAGCUAGAUCGCAUUUUCAGUGUAAUGGGAUUCCCUGCAGACAAAGACUGGGAAGACAUAAGGAAGAUGCCAGAAUAUCCAACUCUUCAGAAAGAUUUCAGGAGAACAACAUAUGCCAAUAGUAGCCUCAUAAAAUACAUGGAGAAACACAAAGUCAAGCCUGACAGUAAAGUUUUUCUUUUGCUUCAGAAGCUUCUUACUAUGGACCCUACAAAGAGAAUUACCUCAGAGCAGGCUUUGCAGGACCCCUACUUUCAAGAGGAUCCUCUGCCUACAUCAGAUGUAUUUGCUGGCUGUCAGAUUCCAUAUCCUAAAAGAGAAUUCCUCAAUGAAGAUGAACCUGAAGAGAAAGGGGAUAAGAAUCAACAGCAGCAGAACCAACAUCAGCAGCAAACAGCACCUCAGCAGCAGCAGGCGCAGGCAGCACCGCAGCAGCCGCAGCCGCCGCAGCAGCAGAACAGCACCCAGACCAACGGGACGGCCGGGGGUGCCGGCACGGGAGGAGGGGGCGCGGGCACAGGGCUCCAGCACAGCCAAGACUCCAGCCUCAACCAGGUGCCUCCCAACAAGAAACCACGCAUAGGGCCUUCAGGCGCUAACUCAGGCGGGCCUGUCAUGCCUUCAGAUUAUCAGCACUCCAGCUCACGCCUGAGUUACCAAAGCAACAUUCAGGGAUCUUCUCAGUCCCAGAGUACAAUGGGCUAUUCUACGUCGUCUCAGCAGAGCUCCCAGUAUCACCAGUCUCACCAGUCUCACAGGUACUGAGAGAGCUGACGGACUGCACUCGGAAAGGAACGGACUAAAAGCCAGAAGACUCCAGCAAUAUGAAGUUCAUAACAAUGAGAAGAACCAAAAAUACAGAUUGUGAUGCAGAAUGAAAAUUCGCGAUGACAAAAGGAAAACUUCACUCACUGAAGACUUUCCCCCCCCCGUCCCUGUCCCUUUAUUGCCAUAAAGGAGAUCCUCGUGAAGUUUUCCUUCCUCCCUGCCCUUGCAUGUGCUUCAUUGUGGUUACUCUAAUGAACCCUUCUGAUCUGAACCCAGCACUUAACUUCUUUAACCUUUGGAAUUUUGAAGGAUUCCUGGUGCACCUUCCUUAUGCUGUAGUGAUUGCCAUAAAUCUGUCUUUUCAAUCUCUUUGAUGGGAUUUUAAAGUUUUAAAAUCUUGAACUCCCAGGCUUUCAAGCUUGUAUAUAGUUAGUUUUAUACUAGGCAAACCAGUUUAGCUAUACAGGUAUAUUGCACCUUUUUAAAGCACUAUGUUAUUUUCACAGGAUAUUACUGUUUUGCUCAUGGAUGUCAAGAACAGCAAAAUUUUACUGUUCCAGAGUAUUUUACUAUUCUGUUUUUAUUAGUCUAGUUUUCAGGCGAGGUCUUAAAAAUUAAAAAAAAAAAUAAAAAUAAAUAAAAUAAAAUUAAAAAAAGAAAAAGGAAAAAAGAAAAAAACCCACCCAGGUCUUUGCAGCAACAAAUAUGCUUCAUGCUACUGGACUGAACGCCAAACGGAAGAUUGCUGGUAUUUCUUAACUCAUUCACAUUGAAUUCUUGAGAUCACAGUGAUCAUGCGCUGACUAGUUUUAAAUUAAGCAUUAUUUUAAGUGAAACCAGGACAGUCAAAUAAAAAGGAGAUGCUUUCAGGAUCUGUUGGAACAGAAGAAUGGAAUGUCUUCCCAGGCUGGACACCAAAAUAGUCAGGAAAAUGUAUUUACUGCCCUCACGUCUCAAUAGGAAUGUGGAUGAUGGGCUUGUUUUUCUGUUAAGCACCUGAAUAAUGUAUGUGAGAGUUCUAUAAAUUUAGCUUUCUUUCACAUUCCUGAGUCAGUUUUCUAAAUAUAAAGGUGACAGAAAUGCUACGACUUGUGAAAACAAGUGCAUUUCUUUGUUUUCUGUUAGAAUUAAUGACUAAGAGAAGUUAUUGUGCAGUUUCAAAAGCAUGUUGAAAAUUGUUCCUUUUUCAUGUUUAUGAUGCAUAUUCCGUGUCCCUCACAUUGCUGUGAUUAACCCAGAUUAGUUACACCAGAUGCGCUUGAUUGCACUGAAAUGUUUCUUUUUCCCUAGAGCAAACAUGUUUUGCUUGUGCCUGAGGACUGUAAGUGGAUGGGUAGCUGGCAGAAAAUCCCCUGUAAAUAAGCAAGAGUUCAGAAGCAUAAUCAGAGGAUCAUUGUCUAACUUCUGCAACCACAGUUAUUCAGAGAGACACAACGUGUAAUUUAGGACGGCUUCGUUUUGCCUUCAGAAAUGAGGCUGGCUCUUGUUGCAGAAACCCUGGAAAAACGCAUUUAGAAAACCCCUGGCAACGUAACCUCAGCGAGCUGCUGCAACCGGUGUCCGGAGAAGAGGUGAAGUGAGAAGAGUUUAUAUGUAAACGGUUAAUGUUACAGGGUUUUAUACGGCAGUGUGUUUGUUCUCUUGUGCCCCGUGUCCCUGCAAAAAAAAAUUGUAUAUACCCAUAGACAUUCACGCUGAAGUUGUGGUCAGACCUAGCAAGAGGAGUAGAUCUGUUUGCUCUGAGGAGAAUGCUUUUCAUCACAGCUAGACACAUACAUGUUUCUGCUGGAUUUGAUCUCCAGGUCACCUUUGGUGCGCCCCUUCCCCCCCCAAGAUGUGUUGUUUUCAUACCUUUUGUGAACAGUUGGCUUGCUUUGGCCCUAUCUACCAUCAUGUGGUUUUGACAACACCCAGCUUCUCUGGAAAAGCAAAUAAAACCUGCUUUUGUCAUCAAAUGGGUAAGAAGGAGGCAAAAAAGAAAUGGAGCAAUUGGAAGGAAAAAAUUAGCUCUGAGGAAUAAUAAUCUCCCAAAGGAUACUUUCACUGUGUAACCCUUGAAAUGCUACAUUUAAUAUGUACCAUAGUAGCAUAUUUGAAAGAACAGAUUUUAAUUAUUCCUUUAUUUUAUUUCAGUGAGUCUGUGGUUGUGUUCUGUGAGUGGAAUGUCUCACUCUUACUGAUGUUAGGAUGAGGUGCCUCUGAGCUAAUGGAUAUUUGGCCAAUGCCAUAAAGUAAUAUUCGUUUUAUAUUUUGUGACUUGAAUGUCACAUUUCUAGAAGUUAACCUUUGACAGAGAAAUUUUUGGUUUCACCCUGUUUUCACCCUUCCAUUCUCUCAAAAUCCUUUUGUCUUUUCCAUUGUAGUUACCUAACAUUUCUUCUCCCUACUGUGACCAAAAUUCACAAACAUCAGGAGGUGGCGGGGAGACAAGUUACUGUACAGUUAAUUAAGGUGGGCACUUGUGCCAAUAAGGCAAAGUCACAGUGUAGAUUAAUCUGUGUUUAGAGUGUGAAACUUCACAGCAAUGUAAGGUGCUUUAACUGAGUGAGCUUCCAGUUUCUAGUGCGACUGAGCUGAACUGGCAUUUCUGCGUUGGUUGGGUCUGGCAGAUGACCACACGCUGCUCCUCUCCAGCUUCUGUGUGCAGACGUGAAGCCAUGAUGACUUUUUCCAUUGCCUUCAAACUCACAACUGGGAGGAGAAUGAUUAAAAGCAAAAGUGUUUGCUGUGAAAUGUAGGCUGUGCACACACUUCUAGUUCCUUCCUGGUGGGGAAAUAAUUUGCCUUUGCUGGGGAGCUUGAUGUGUGUUGCCAGGAUGGAUGGCAGUCGUGGUGGAAGAAGCCUUGCUUCCCAGGGGUCAUCCCAUGAGGUCAAAAUACUGCGCUUUCAGAAGUGAAUUGUGCGGUGUGUCGUGAGAAGCCAGGACCACGUCAUUUAUUUUAUGUUAUUUUUUGCCUGUGCAGUUUCUUUAGUACGCAUAGUUCUGUCUCUGCCCAUAACCUUUACACCCUCACCAAAGUGUUUCCCACCGGUGCCGAGAGAGGCGGGUGACACCGGCAGGGCUGUCUUCUCCAUCCUGGUCUCCUGGUGGGAGAGCAGGACACAGAGUUAGAGCUUUUCCCAUCGCGACUCAGAGGAAACAAACAUGCGGGGAACGAGCGGGAUGAGCAGCCUGGUCUGCAUCGGUGAAGCUUAUGUAGCACAAACUGCACAAUGAAGGAAAAAAUAUAGGGAAAGCUGCGAGUCCUGCACUGUAUCUGUGACACUGUAUCUGGGGGAGGGGGAGGGAAGAGCAUUGGUAGCGGGAGGGGUGGUGGGAAGCUAGAAGUGUUCAAAUAUGUAUAAUAUUUUAUAUAAGCAUAAUAAGCUUAGUUCCCCUUCAUAAUCUUCAGGAAUGGUACUUUAACACCAUUAAGCAAAGAAUUGUUUUAGGAUUAAAUAAAUGUAUUGUACAUAAGGCCAUACGUAAUCUUCUAAAAAUGUCGCCAGACAGGAGCGAUGUGUAUUACUAUAUGAAAAAAAAGUCCUUAAUGCACUGUUAUCUCCUAAAUAUUUAGUAGUAAAUUAAUACUAUUUAAUUUUUUUAAAAAAUUGUCUUGUGUAGACACUAAAAAGUAUUACACAAAAUCUGGACAGAACAUGUCCUUUUUAACAGCAAUUUAAAUAACUUUUUAUAUAUGUAAGGUAGUAACUUUUCAAAUUGUUCUAGUUGUAUUUUCCCAUGUUUACUAUUUGUGGAAGUGUGCCUGUCUCUAUUCAGUUAUUUUUUUCUAAUAUUUUUGUGCACGCAUCUUUCCUUUUUGUAGAAAUUUCAUUAGAAAUGACCGUGUAUGCGCCUCAUGCCGCCACAAAACUUUGCCGCUCUAGCUCCGUGGUGGCCACAUUUGGCAGUGCUCGUGCCAAUGGGCUAGCGAAACAACAAAGCAAAAUACUUGUUUCUUAUUCUAGAGUUGAGAGUUUACUGCUUUUAAGUUGUCCUGAUGUCACUCUUGAAAUGACUGUUAAUACUAAACUAUGAGUUCAUUGCAUUUAUUUUAUAUUCUCGGUUGUAAUGAAAUGGAAUUGACUUUGCUUCAGUGUGAAUUUUUUUAAUAAAAUAAUAUACAUUUGUAAUAAUAAUAAAAAGUUCAAAUCAAAUAA